AUGACCAAUAUAGCAUAUACGGACAAGUAUCGGGGUGAAACUGAUAUCUUAAGCAGGUCGGCCGAUUCAGACAUCAGCCAGCCAAACGCGGCCUACUACCCGCAGAGAGUUUGUUAUGGAAACCCUUCUUUCCCCAAAUUUGCCGGAACCCGAAACGAGAGAAGGAAAAAGAAGGCUAAUUUUUCCGUUUCCGCGACUGGUUCGGCCGUCUCUUUGAUUCUUUUGCUAUCGAAGGGAGGGGGUAUUAUGGCCGAGGUAGAGCGGUGCCGUAACCCAUGGGUGAACGCAGCGCCGAUCCCCGUCCCCGGAAUCACAGCGGCUCUGGAAUUGCAGGAGCAGACAAUGGUGGUCGCCGUCGACGGCGUGCGGCAGCGGAGCUUCUCGGCUCAGCAGGGUCACCAGACCAACAACGGUAAAAGCGACGAAAGUUUAGGACUUGGCGAGAGAGCGCUCUCUGCGGCAGGGGCCGCUUUCCUCUCGGCGAUUAUAGUGAACCCUCUUGACGUUGUGAAGACGAGGCUGCAAGCACAGGCAGCUGGAGUUGCUUACUCUCAUCCACUUAGCAAUGUCAUAAAUCGCAUGGCUUACUUUGGUCCACCAUGUUGUUUGCUGAUCUUAGAUGUUCACAUCUUGUACGCGUGCUGGACUUCAUGGGACAGUGUCCAUGUGCCCUCCUGAUUGUUUUCAGUACAAGGGAACUUUGAUGUGUUCAACAAGAUCGUAAGACAGGAAGGGUUUGGGAGGCUGUGGAGGGGCACAAAUGCGGCUCUGGCUCUAGCUAUUCCAACAGUGGGCAUUUACUUACCCUUAUAUGAUGUAUUUCGCAUGGCUGGAGGAGAAAACCUCUCAGAGUAUUCCUGGUGCAGCACCUUACGUUCCCUUGGUAGCUGGUUCACUGGCACGUUCAUUAGCUUGUGUAACUUGCUAUCCUGUUGAACUUGCUAGAACUCGCAUGCAGGCAUUCAAAGCUGCGCAAAUGGUAUGAAAGCUCCUGGCGUUUUAAAAACUCUACUUGAAGCCCUUCUCAUGUCCAAGGCAGGGAUAACCGUGGAACUAACUGGAGAGGUUACCGGGUACUGUGGACGGGCAUGGGAGCACAGCUUGCUCGUGACGUUCCAUUUUCUGGAAUUUGUUGGGCACUACUUGAGCCUAUGAGGAGAAAUCUUUUGAGUAUAGUUGGCGACGAUGCAAAUGUAGCCAGUGUACUUGGAGCCAACUUCUCGGCUGGUUUCAUUGCAGGAAGUGUUGCGGCAGCUGCAACAUGUCCCCUGGAUGUUGUUAAAACUAGAAGGCAGAUAGAGAUGGAUCCUGUGAGGGCACUGAGUAUGACAACACGACGAACACUAAUGGAGGUUUGGAGGGAUGGAGGGAUGAGGACACUUUUCACUGGUGUUGGUGCCCGUGUUGGAAGAGUAGGGCCUUCUGUUGGCAUUGUGGUCUCGUUCUACGAGGUGGUGAAGUACGCUCUGCAUUCUCGCCUUGAUAUUGACAGCAACCGCCCUGGCAUGGAGCAUGGGCCACCGCCGCCUUGCUAGUCACUUGCUUGACGCUCAUGACAGCAGCAGCAGCAGCAACCGGUUGGGUGGUCUCUUGCUUGAUGUGUGGCUGCGGCGGCAGCAGCACCAGGAGGAGUUGCAUGGCUUGUCCCGCUCCUUCCUUGCAUCCUUCUCAGACUGGUUACUGGUUAGCAAACUGCUCUGUGCGGCCUUGGUGUAUGUGGUUUGGUGCUUGAUAAGAGAAAGAUCAUCGAGUAUUUAUACAGAGAUGGGAAUCGAGGGUCGCAUUGCAUGAUUGAUUGCAAGUUCAUGUACCAUUACUUAAUAUAUGAUUGUGGAAGCCGAAGAGCUUUGUGGGUGUUUGUGUGCUUAUUCUAGGACUGGAGCAAUUCAUUGCACCAUUAAUUAACCUAUCUUUCAACAACUUCCCCACUCCUCUUGGUUAAUGCGUACUGGAUUCAUCUGGGUCGGCCGUUUUUCCUGGUUUACUGGUCGGUAGCCAGCAAUGGAGAAUGGUUUGUGGUUACUGGUCAGGAUCAUGGGCCUGAAUUUGGAGCCGAAACGUUUUCUGCGGUUUACUGUUUGAUUCAAGGGCACGCACACGCAGAGAAGCAGAACAUCACAGAAUACUUGGCCUUGAGUUGAUACGAAACAGAG